UUACAUUUUGUGUAAAAUUAAUGGAUAAUAUAAUUCUAGAAAGAGGCUGAAAAUUUGGCUCAAUCUCUUUCUCUCCCAUUAUUCUUGGAAUAAAUUCGUUCAUGUGAGUAUAAUCAACACGUUUCUCUGUCAGAAAUUCUUCAUCAUUUUCAACCAGGGAACGUUAGAGGCAUGAUGUGGGCGGUUUUGAGGCGGAAAGCUGCUUCCGCGGGAUCGUCAAAUCUCGUGAGUUAUGGCAAAGUGCAAUCUUUGGGGAAAGUUCGGCCAGCAGUGGCAGGAUCUAUGUCACAAAGUUAUUCAGAUGCAAUCUUGACACCUGAGGUCGUUAGAAAAUACCCAUAUUCCAAUUUCAAUCUGGACACCCUCGUUUCUUCUCAUCAGGAACUGUAGACAAUGCAUCUGUUAAUGGAACCCUAACUGGAAUUCAAAGAAGUUCAGAGGCACCAGCUCUUGGAAGAAAUCCUAAAUUAGCACGUCAAAUUCAUCAAGGUGUUCCCGUUUAUUCAAUGCCUAUAAGCUCUACUGGUACUACUGUUUGGCAAAUUUGCGGGUUAUAGUAUCACUCUCACAAGGCUUGGGAAGCGUGUUGCCACACGAUUGAAAGAUUCUCAAAAUACUUUUGCAUUGUUGACUACGUUCAACGAAGUCGACAUGACAAAUUUGAUGAAGCUUCGAUCUGAAUAUAAAGAUGCUUUUCUCGAGAAGCAUGGAGUGAAGUUGGGACUCAUGUCUGGAUUUGUGAAAGUAAGUUGUCGCAUGAUGCAGUCGUCAAGAUCGUUGAUUCAGCGCGUCACUCCCAUAUUUUCUGCUCGAAUUCGUCAGAAUUCAAGGCUUCUUAGCUCCGCCUCAUCAUCUCUUCUCGCUAAAGAUCCCCAAUCGUCUCCGACAUCUUCUUCCGGUGAAGAAUCUGUUCAUUUGUCUGAUAAUUGCGUUAGGAGGAUGAAAGAACUGCAAGCUGAUGAAGCUAAAGAGAAACUGCUUCGAAUAAGCAUAGAGGCAGGUGGUUGCUCUGGUUUUCAAUACAACUUUGCACUUGAAGAAAAACCUAACGAUGAUGACAGGAUUUUUGAGAGGGAUGGCGUUAAAUUGGUGGUUGAUACAAUAUCAUUAGGUUUUGUAAAAGGUGCAACAGUUGAUUACGUUGAAGAGUUGAUCCGUUCUGGGUUUCAGGUAGCAGAAAAUCCAAGUGCAGUUGGUGGUUGUAGCUGUAAAAGUUCAUUCAUGGUGAAAUAGUUUCGAGCCAUCAAACAAGACCCGUAUACAGAUUAUGGAAAUUUGUACUUAUCUAGUUAUUCUAUUUGUACACUUGAUACUAGUUGGUAGCUCUUGUUUUUGGAUAAGCACCUGCAUUCUUUGUCCAAACAACAGAAAUAAAUUGGUUAAUUUCGGCCGAUGGCUGUUGCUUCUUGUAUA